AUGGAUAUAAAAGUGGGAGAUAGAUUUCAAUCUUUUGCAGAGUUUGAGAAUGUGUUUCGUCGGUUUCAAGUGACCACGAAUACUUUGUUUGUUAAGAAAACAAGCAAAUCAGUCGACGUGGUCAACGCGCAUCUCUCAUUGGCAUCGGCGAAGCUGGAGAAGAAGUUGGAGUUCGCGAAUGCGACUUACACUUGUAAGCAUGGUGGGCCGCGCAGAACUACUGGCACUGGAAUUCGUCCGAAUCAAAGGACAAUGAAGAAAGAUUGCCCUGCUCGCAUCGUCAUCGCUGCCCGGAGGUCUUCCCAGGAGUUGGAAAUAACCAGCGUCAUGCUGGAGCACAAUCAUGACACGACACCCGAGAUCUUCAACUCGUAUCCAGAGUCCCGCAGGUUUGAGGACCAUGAGAAAGAAUUCGUGGAACCACUGUUGGAAAUGCGAGUUCCUCCUCGGUUGAUCUUGCAAAAACUCGAGGAAACAACAGGAAAGACUCGCAUAGCCAGGGACCUCCAUAACUUGAAAAAUAAAGGAAGGAAAAGGGAUGAAGCAGACGAACUCAUUCAAGUGAUUGAAGAAUUGCAGUCCACUCAGCAAGCGAGGAUAGUUCCAAUCACUGACGAAAACCAAGAGCUGCAAAUUCUUUUUAUACAAUCAUCAUAUAUGAAGAAGGUUUUUGCAUCGUUUCCAGAAGUGCUGCUCGUCGAUGCUACUUAUAGGACCAACAAACUAAGGAUGCCUCUGUUUGUCUUUGUCAUUGAGGAUGGCUUUGGCCGCAGCCAUGUUGUUGCUUACGCAUUUGUUGCCUCGGAGCAACAACAUGUUGUCACUCAAUUAUUGCAGACGUUUGUUAAAGAAAAUGAGGAGGCUGCAAGAACAAAUGUCGUUGUAGUUGACAAGGACUUUACAGAAAUCAAUGCUGUUCGGGAAACAUUCCCGUCAAAACCGGCAGUGCACCUGUGCCAGUUCCACGUUAUGAAAGCAUUCAGGUCAGCUGCAGGGCAGUUUUCGAAAUCUGUAGAAGAGCGAGAAAGGCUGCUGAACAGCUUUAGUGAAAUGGUAAAUGCACCAACGGCAAAGCUGUUCAAGGAAGUGCAAGAAGAAUUCUGUAGGUAUGCGAAUGAAGACGCCCUGAACUACUUCAAUAAAAACUGGGCAACUAUACCCCACAUGUGGGCAAGGCACUUAUGUAAUGCUACAUUUACUGGCGGCAACAACACUACCAACCGCGUGGAGUCGCACAAUGGUAAAGUAAAAGCCAUUUUGUCUACGUCGCAAAAACUUCACGAAGCGCUGCGGGCCCUACUUAAGAUUUCCAGUGCAAUGUGGCAUGACGCAAAACAUCAAGCAGCGCUUCUACAGACGUGUGAAUUUUACACCUAUGGUGCCUCCAGUGAGAUGGAUAGGUUGUUUUCCAAGAAUCUCACUCCAUACGCUUGUAGCCUUAUCAAAAAGGAAGCAGAAAAACUAAAGAAAAACAAUCCAGAAGUGCAGCAAUUAACACCGCAGUAUUACCAUGUAGCUUCAUCUUGUGGUAAUACGUGGCAUAAAGUUUGCUUGGAUGAACAGACAUGCACCUGCACAACAUUUUCCAGUCUUGGAUUAAUUUGCCGUCACUUCUUGGCUGUCUGUCACAAGUUCGAGAAAACCCCAGAUAUACAAAAGGCUGUGAAGAUGCGAUGGUUCAAGAGCUACCAAAUUGCCUUCAUGGCAGAGAGCAGUGAUCUGGCUGCAGAUCAAGAGUCCCCUUCAGAGAUUGUACCAGUGGAACCUUUAACUAUGCCCGGACCCUCAUAUGCAAAAAUGAACAGGAAUCAACGAUUCAACUAUGCGAUGCGAACCCUAAAAGCAAUGGCCGAUCAUUUAGCAGAUUGCCCAGCUGAUAUUUUUAGCAUGAGGCUUGAACUCUUAGAAGAGGUCCAUGAAAGCUGGUUGAAAGGUGAGGAAGUUGUGCUGAAUGCUGACACCAUGAGGACUCAAACUGUCCCAUUAACAGUAGCUGCUGACGCUGACGAAGCAAAUGCAGCCAUUGAUGAUGAAGAUGGUGAAUCUACAACUUGCUUGAAUGAAGUGGCAGCUGAGGGAACUCCAUCAGAAGAACUUUGUAGAACCUCCAUCCAGACUGAGCAUGAUGUCCCAGUAGCUGAGUCAGCUGCGAAUCAGACGGUGCUGCCGCUGAAGCUCCCGGUGGUGAAAUGUCGGGGCCGUCCCAAGAAGAAUAUUGGCCAGAAGAUUUAUAAAAAGACGAGAGGCCCUACAAGCACUGCAUCAGUGCCAUUUGAGCAGCUUCCCGAGGCUUCCAAACACAAAUUACUUCUGACUGGCAUUGUAGGAGAGACUGUAUGCAACAGUGUACUAAUUCGUGGCCACAUUGUGGAUGAAUCUGAAGUUGAAGUGCGCCCAGACGUUCUACCCAGUGCCCUUUUGGACUAUAGGGUCAAGCUACCCAGUCUGAAAAAGUUCUUCACUGAAGAUGCCUGGACAUCACUGAUGUCAUCAGUUGCCACAAAGAAGAAAAACGAGUUAUGGUUCUGCCACAGCUGCAAGGAAAAGGACGAUGGCCAGAUCAAAAUGAUAUCGUGUGACCAAUGCCUGGAGUGGUUUCACUGGAGCUGUGUUGGAGUCCGCAGUGCAGAUGCAAAGCUGAAGCGAUGGUUUUGCUGUGCUUGCAAGCUCAAGUGACAGCAUUCCAGCUGACUUGGCCCUUUGCAAUGGCCUUAGAACAUUGAACUGGACAAAUA